AUGCGUCACAACAGCCUCGUCGCCAGCGUGCUGGCGCUCGCCGGUACGCCCACCGUUCAUGCCAUCCUCCGGUUCUCGUGCUCCGAGCUCGUCACUGAGCGUCUGGAUCCCCUCGUCUUCCCCGGCGUGGCCCCAUCCCCUCACCUGCACCAGAUCGUCGGGGGCAACAUGUUCAACACCACGAUGGACCCCAACCGGCACAACAUUGGCGAAGAAGCCACGUGCACCACGUGCACUUUCUCUGAGGACUUCUCCAACUAUUGGACGGCAACACUCUUCUUCCGGGCGCGCAACGGCAGCUUCAUCCGUGUUCCGCAGCGGCCCAACAUCGGCUUCGAGCAGGCGCGCGGUGGCGGGAUGACGGUGUACUACACCGCAACCUACCAAAACGACAAGCCCAAAGCCUUUGCCCCCGGCUUCCGCAUGAUCGUGGGCAACCCAACGUACCGGACCGCCGCCGAGGCCGCCCGCUACCGGCAGCUGACUUUCACCUGCCUCGAAACCAUGUACACCCGCACGGGAGAAACAACCGACAUGCCCAAGCAACCCUGCAAGGAGGGCAUCAUGGCCAACGUACGCUUCCCAACCUGCUGGGACGGCAAAACCCUCGACCCGCCAGACCACUCCAGCCACGUAGCCUACCCAACCAGCGGGACGUUUGAGAGCGGGGGUCCCUGCCCGGCCUCCCACCCUGUCAAGAUCCCGCAGCUGUUCUACGAGGUGAUCUGGGACACCCGCCGGUUCAAUGAUAGAAGCCUCUGGCCCGAGGACGGAUCGCAGCCUUUUGUCUGGUCGUACGGCGACUACACGGGCUACGGCACGCACGGUGAUUAUGUGUUUGGGUGGAAGGGCGACUCGCUGCAGCGGGCGAUGGACGCGAAUUGUGAUGGGCCGACCUGUGCGCAGCUCAAGUCGCAGAGCAUAGCUGCCGCGAACCAGUGCCGGGUGGAUAAGCAUGUGGCGGAGAAUGUGGAUGGUUGGUUGAGUGAGCUGCCGGGUGCCAUGCCGAUUACCGGCCCGCAGCCUGGGUCGGGGAGCGGCAACCCCAACCCCGGAAACGGCGGCGGCGGCGGCAACCCCGGAGGCGGAAACAGUGGUGGGGGUUGUCAAGUUGCCAAAUGGGGACAGUGUGGUGGCCAGGGGUGGACCGGUUGCACCACGUGCGCGGCCGGAUCGACGUGCCGGGCACAGAAUCAGUGGUAUUCGCAGUGCUUGUGA